GGAGACCCUGCCUCCCUUCUCUGCUCCGGGCGCUCGGGGCUCGGGGUGUGCGGCGGCAGCAGGCCGGCCUGGGUGCUCUAGAGGUUGGUGUGCUCAUUUCCUGCAUUAGGACUGAUAGUUGCCAUAACCAAGUGCCACAAACCAGGUGGCUUAAAACAGCAGGACGGUAUUCUCCCAGGUUCUGACGUCUGCAGAACCAGAACCCAGGCGCCAGCAAGGCUGGUUCCCGCCGUGGGUUCCCAGGGAGUGUGUCUCGAGCCUCUCUGGGGGCCACCAGGACUCCUUGGCUUGUGGCCGCAUCACUCCAAUCCCUGCCUCCGCCUCCACACGGCGGCCCCAAUCCAGUUCAACCUCUAAUGUGGUCACAUCUGCAAAGACCCUACUUCUAAAAAAGGUCACGUUCACAGGGUCCGGGUGAACAAGAACUUUUGGGGGACACUGUUCAACCCAGGACAGUGGGUUCUGACUUCAGGGGGAGGCUGUCCUCCUCACCGCGCUCACCUCUCCCCUGGCAGGUGCGGGGCGCACGCCGACCAUGCCUCGCUCCUUCCUGGUGAAGAGCAAGAAGGCUCACACCUACCACCAGCCCCGCGUCCAGGACGAUGAACCAUUCUGGCCUCCCGUCCUGAGCCCGGGAGAGCUCAGCGUGGAGCUGAGCUGGACCAGGAUGGCCUCGGCACCAGGGGGUCCUGCUGGGACGUCCCAACCCCGGGACAGGGACUCGCCAGCCUCCAACUCCCCACCGCUCUACAAGCCCAGCUUCUGCUGGGACGCCCUGGCCUCGGCCUACAGCCACAGCUACCGGCAGGCCCCCUCCACCAUGCAGUCCGCCUUCCUGGAGCGCUCCGUCAGCCUGUACGGCAGCCCCCUGGUGCCCAGCACCGAGCCGUGGGAUCGGGGCCUCACAACCUUGUCCUCGUCACCAGUCCUUGAGCCCUACAGGAAACCCAACCACACCCAGGUCUUCUCCACCCCACACGGGCUUGAGGUGCACGCCCGUCGCUCCCACAGCGGGACCCGGCCCUUCGCCUGUGACGUCUGCGGCAAGACCUUCGGCCACGUGGUCAGCCUGGAGCAGCACACGCACAUCCACUCGCAGGGGAUCCCGGCCGGGUCCAGUCCUGCGCCGGCGCCUGACCCCCCAGGGCCUCGUUUCCCCCGGCAGGAGCGCAGCUUCGAGUGCCAGAUGUGCGGCAAAGCCUUCAAGCGCUCGUCCACCCUGUCCACCCACCUGCUCAUCCACUCGGACACGCGGCCCUACCCCUGCCAGUUCUGCGGCAAGCGCUUCCACCAGAAGUCGGACAUGAAGAAGCACACCUACAUCCACACGGGUGAGAAGCCACACAAGUGCCAGGUGUGCGGAAAGGCCUUCAGCCAGAGCUCCAACCUCAUCACCCACAGCCGGAAGCACACGGGCUUCAAGCCCUUCAGCUGCGAGCUCUGCGCCAAGGGCUUCCAGCGCAAGGUGGACCUGCGGCGGCACCGCGAGAGCCAGCACAACCUCAAGUGAGGCUGUGCCCCUCCCAGCCCCGACCAGCCCGUCCUGUCCUGCUGUCCCGUCACCCGGAGGGAGGCCAGCCUCGUGCGCCCAGAUCCCCAGUCUCCCGGGGGCAACACUGGAUGGGAGUCUUGCAGCUUGUUUUGAGACUCAGGAAACUGCUGUGUGACUUUGGGCAAAUCGCUUUCCCUCUCUGGACCCAUAGUUCUCCUGCUGUAAAGUGUGGGAGCUGGGUUGGGUCUUUUCUGAGCUGAAGGUAUAAUAACUUGGGUGCCUUCCCCAGGGCAGAGCCCAGAAGGCCAGAGCAGCCCCACGUGGACCGAGAUGCCACGAUCAGACCAGACCCGCAGAGCCGGGACCCACAGAGAAAUCCUCCCGGUGCCUUCUGCCCACAGCGCUGGGAUCCGGUCCCCUGGGUCUUGAGGGGGCCUCUUUCAGGCGGCCAGAUGGUCAGAGCCACCUCCUGCCCCGGUGGGAUGCCCAGCACCUCUCUGCUUCAGCCAGACCUGCUGGCUACCCCCCACUUCUGACCGGCACUCAGCUGGGCUCUGGUCUGCCCUCAGACCCCCGGGCUGGAGAAACCAGCAGUUAUUGCUGUCAAAAGCCUGUUCCCCUCAACCGCUGUACAUGGAAAUAAAGACACAGAUUUAUUUA